UUCGAGGACCUUGUGUGCGAAAUUGAAAUAAACGUUUCAACCCUCUCACUACUGAUUGUUUGCUGACUCUUCAGUGAAGAUUGUUUUUGCCCGUAUGCUCAAAGUCCUGGAUUGUUAACAGUUGUAAGAUGGGGGACCAUGUUGAGUUACAAAUUACUCCAGAGACUCCAGGCAGGCCUUCCAUAAGAAACCCUUUUGAAAGUCCCAAUGAUUACCACCAUCUUAAAGAGCCCUUGGUGCCGAGCCCAUCUGUCUUCAAGUCAAAGCCCUGUAAAGCUACCCCUCCCAAGUUUAACUGGUCUAUUGAUGAAAUGGCCAGUCUCCAACCAGUACACAUAGACCCAGAGGAAAUCCAGCGGCAGUCUUUUUACCUUAGUCAGACAAGGAUGGAUUCUGACAUUGAGGAGAAGCGUCAGAAUGCUAUUGAGCAGUUUUUCACUAAAGGAACCAUUGUGCCUUCCCCCUGGGCAGCACCUGAGCUCCGUAAAGGCCCUCAGAUCUAUACAAAAAGUUUGAAUUCUCCAAUGAUUGCAGAGGAGUCAGAAAAAGUCUCAGUUGCUUGUCAGACAACUCUUACAUUACCAUUGGCUUUUGAUUUGGAGAAAAUACUUGGGGAGUAUUACCGACAUGAGGAAGUGUGUGAUGCAGUGCAGGAAAGUCUCAGUUCUUCCUCUUUAAGAAGAAAACUUUUCCUCGAUGGGCAGUGCAAUUACAGCGGCUCAGACAGCUCCAGCCCUCCAAGCCCGGAGAGGAGCCACGCCAGCCUGGAGAGACCUUCUCUAAACAAAGGAGAGGAUGUUCCAGUAGGGGUCGAAGCUUUAUCAUCUAUCUUUUCUUCACCUUUAUCUUGUGGUGUGUCUGCUCGGACUCCUUCAACGGGUCAGUUUUCAUCCAGUCCCAUCCAGCACGGCUGCUUCAGGGACUGCAGCCUUGGUAGCAUCACCAGUCCCUUCUUUCCUGAUGGGUCAUCUCCUGCUGGCCUUGUUUCACCCACAAUUUCUCCUAUUGUUGCACAUGCAGCACGAACACCCACUGGCUCAGCUGAGAGGAAGCAGCCAAACAGCCUGACCCCACUCAGUGUUCCACUGGGAGCAGACGUCACUUCUUGCAACGAGAGCCCUUUUGUUGAGGGUUGUUCACCCAUUCGUAGCUGCUCUCCACACCAGCUUCAGUGCAAAAAUGAGCCCACACACAACGCCCGACCCAAGCCCAGGCCUCGAGUCCGCAACUGGGCUUCACCUCCCCUCAUCUCCCCAAUCCUCAACCCGAAACUCCAAGACAAUCAGGAGACUGAGGAGCAACUUCCCUCGUCUUCAUCCUCCUCUCUGUCCCUUCCUCCUAUGGAGCUUGAUCCAUCAUCUCCUUUGCCUUACAACACUAAUCUUGCUGUUUCUGAGAGAGUUAACCUAGAUUCUGUAGAAUCUUUGAAAAUGGAGGAGGACAAGGAGAUGGUGAUGGAGGGGAGGUUAGAAGAUGAAGAGGAGGAAAGUGGAGGGCCUUCAGGACAGCUGACGAGCUCUCGUAUGGGAAAUGUGUCAGCAACAGAUAGCUCUCAGAUGUUUGUGUCUCUUCUGGCAGAGGGAAGUAGCAUACGAUGCGACUCAAGCAUGCAGGUGGACAGCGGGUACAACACAGCAGGCACAGCCAGUCUAAUUGACGGCCUCGGCUCAGACAGUCACAGCAAAGAGUCCUUCAGUUCAAACCUGGCAGAAGACGCUUUCCAGAUCACAAGACACACUAAACUAAAGAUGUUCUAUCCCCACCACUGAAUCACCUGAUUGAAGCAUUAAAAGGGACAUCACUUCCAGUGGAAGCAAAAAAGCGUACAUUUGCAAUCAAAAUCAACAAAGUUAACAUGACUUUUAUUGCCUUUAUGUUGAAUGGGGUUGUCAAACUUUUACAGUUUGAAAGCAUAGCUGUGUUAGUAUUUUUUUUUUUAUCUGAAGGGGACUAAAUCAUUGCCUCUUUAGUCCCACUAUUAAGACACUGAAAAGGUUGUAUUUGACAUCAGGGGUUUAUUAGGAUCCACUCUGCUGCUUUGGAAAGGGAUAAGGGGAAAAAAGAAGUAAAUUCUGUAUCAAACCUGCACAACAUUUAACCUCUUGAAUGCUGUAUUGAUGCUAAUGUCAUCAUUUCAAUUUUACAUGGUGCUGAUAUUGACUUAACUGAUCCUGACUUUGUAAUGAGAUAUGUACUGUAUAUAAAUUUUUUUAUGAUAUGGUUACUCUGAUGUUUUUACAUGAGAUUUUUUAAAGUCAAAGCUGUUAAUUCAUUUACCUGUGGAUCUUAUUUGGAUUGUUAGAAUAUUUAUACCUAAAUAAGACACACUGAAUAAUGCCACUAGUGAAUUUAAACUUGAGUCAUUUUGUUUACCUUAGUUUGUGUUCUUAAAGGUAUGGGCUGGAUCGUUGUCACAUUAAAUUAACUUGAAAUCUC